AUGGAGGUCACACAUGUAGAAUGUGAUUUGUUUUUCCUCCUCAGCCAAUAAGUGAAGAGAGUUAAUAAUAAAAAUGUAAAUAAUGAAUGAAGUAUCUUUUACUGGACCCUGCAGCUGACUUUGGGGGAUAAGCAGGGACACCUGGGACUAGAACACCUCCGAACUGUGAAGCAGGCAUCACAUAUUUUCUCUUUCUUCUUUCUACAUACAUUCUUGCUGCUGGAGGCUGUAAAUUUCCCCAGUGUGGGACGAAUAAAGGAUAUCUUAUCUUAUCUUAUAACAUUUCUCAUUUGCACCCUUGAUUCCCACACUCUCAUUUGCCGCAUGGCAAGCAAGAGGGCCACGCAUAUACCGUAUGUUACCCAGUGUGCUGUAUAUUUGUUGUUAAAAUAUUGUGUUUCAACUAAGUACUUUACGUCUUCACACUUUUGAGGGUUUUAAAAGAAGGCCAUGGUAUAAGCAAAGUCACAUCAUUAAAAUCGUAUGAAUGCUUCAGGACCCCACAAAAAACAGCAGUAAUUGCACUCACUGAGGCAGAUUUCAAUGCUAACUUUCUAUCGCAACUUCAGAACUUUUUGUAGAUUCAAUCCAAACACACUUUGUAUUCACAAUGACGGAACUGAUUGUGAGAGAUUAUUUUGAAGCCAAAGCACUUGUCCAUACUCUUAUUUAUUUUUAUUUUGAAGGUGGGCAACGCAGAUUGUUGGCAUGUCUCGUAAACAACCGUUGUGGAUGCUGGCUUGACUUUGUCGUUUACUGUGAAGGCUGGCCUGACGUCAGAAAACGAACAAAUCAAGUUUGAACUCCAGUCAAAAUUUAGUUUGUUAACAGUGAUGGCAAGGUGCUAUCGCGUGGUUGGUGAAACGCGUCACACAUUAGGCGAUUAGUUCGUGAGUAAUCUCUUAAGAGGCAUUAUUUUCCUUCAUUCUCGGAAGUCUCUCAAGGGAUGUGAAGUCCCAUCAAACAUGAAAUCUUGUCUCUUAAAAGCGUGCAGGUUCCUUUGCCUGUUCUUGAUUUUGCCUUUGCGACUGGCCCAUGCACUGGGUUUACGCGGCUUCUACAAACGUCUCUUUCCACUGCUCGUCUACAACAUCACAUUUUCGUAUAACGACAAAAUGAACCGCGCGAAGAAAGAGCUCUUCCGGAACGUGUGCGGUUUUGCCAACAGAGACGGUUCGCUGCGCCUACUUGAGAUCGGCUGUGGCACCGGGGCAAACUUCCAGUUUUACCCGUACGGAUGCACGGUGCUCUGCGCGGACCCCAACCCGCAUUUCGAGACUUACCUGCGGAGGAGCAUGGACGCCAACAAGCACCUGAGUUAUGAGGCCUUUCUGGUUGCCUCUGCGGAGGACAUGAAGGAGCUGGAUGACGAGUCUGUGGACGUGGUGGUGUGCACGUUGGUGCUGUGUUCUGUCAGGGACGUGAAGCUGGUUCUUCAGGAGAUCCGGCGUGUGCUGAAAACUGGCGGAGCCUUCUACUUUAUGGAACACGUGGUGUCAAAGCCCUCAUCGUUCACCUUUUUCCUCCAACACACCAUUGAACCUUUGUGGUUCUAUAUUGGAGAUGGCUGCGUGAUUACAAGAGCGACGUGGAAAGAUCUCGAGUCAGCUGGCUUUUCUCAGCUCCACCUUAACCACUUUGAGGCGCCGGUGACUUCAGUGAUAAGGCCCCAUAUUAUGGGCUAUUCCAUUAAGUAAAAUUUCAGACGAUUCUCAUCCCGAAAGUUCUAAUCAACAAACAAACCUCUGAGCAUUUUAUCCACUCCACUAUUCAACUUCUACACACAAACAAAAACUUGGCUAAGCAGCAAAUCAUUUGACUCCAAAAUGCACAUCUUAUUGACGAAUACACCGAUUUAUUUAUUUGUCGAUACGUUUUGUAUGACUUUCUGAAAAACGGCCCGACAGUAAAAAGUUGCCUGGCCCUCGCUGAGAUGUUCACUUCUGUCAAAAAUGAUUAGCAAAUACAGUGUGAAAAUAUAUAUUAUUUACUUACAUAAACAGCAACAUUUCAUACACUGUUCCACAGCCCCCUCCCCUUUCCAUGAGGAAAGAAAAUAUCACCCUCGAGACACUGUGCAAAAAAAUACCAAAA